AUGGAAAAGAAUCACAAGAAAGGACACAAUAGAGAGGGUUUUCAUGUAAAGAAGCAUAGAAAAGCGGAUGAUAGUAGGAGUUUUGAUCCAAGAUCAACAAAAGGCGCCGGAGGGAAUGAUGAGAAGCCUGUUUUGUUCCAGUUGGGGAGCAUUGCUUAUGGACUCGGUGAUGUUCGUCUCAAGGCAGAUCCAGAGAUCACCACCAUCAGAUCAGCAUCUCAUUCGUCUAACUUAUCUCCAACCUCUCCAGAGAACACGGUCGAAGUCAAUGCAAAGGAAAAGAAGAAGGAGCUCUUAAGCCUUUCUUUACAAUUAAGCUCUUCUCAAUGGCAUUUGGUCGUAGGGAGUAACACUUGGCAAGAGAUUUCACGUUUUCCCAUGUCGAGAUGGGUCAGAGAACAACUGGUCUACGAACACAAGACUCAAAAGCUCUACUUCCAUCAAGACGGUAAUGCUGUCAAGAUCUGGGGUUUAUCAGGAGAUGAUCAUCCGCAACUAGUUUCUAAAGAUUAUCCUCCAAUCAUGAGAUCUCUUGAUCUCAAUUCGCAACUCUCUCUCCUCUCCGAUGCGUGUUCUUCCCUUUCCUUUUCAUUCAUCGGCUCAGAUCAGUCACAGAGCCAAAUAGAAUACAUAAAGAGCAAAGAAAGUCCUGUGGGAUUUGAUACAGAGAGAAACUGUCAAAUGGCAGAAGUUGAUAAUCAACUACAGAUCCAGUUUCGGUUAACUGAUGGUUCGGAUAUCGGUCCUCAAGCAUUCCCUGAUGCUACAACUGUCUCGGCCUUGAAGGAAACUGUUAUCUCCAAAUGGCCCAGAGAGAAGGAGAAUGGACCGAGGACAGUGAAAGAGGUGAAAUUGAUAAGCGCAGGGAAAGUGUUGGAGAACAACAAGACGGUGAAAGACUACCGAAGCCCUGUCUCUAGUCUUGUAGGUGUCACCACAAUGCACGUCAUCAUCCAACCUCCGGUUACUGAAAAAGAAAAGAAGCCUAAAGGUGAUCCCAAGAUGAACAAAUGCGUGUGCUCAGUCAUGUAA